GAGGCUAAAGGCGGCUAAAGAAUCAUCACCAACAGUCGCAACAUUGUCUAUUUACCAAUUUUUUGUUUUUUUUUUGCGUGGAUUCAAGAAUGACAAUUUUAAGAGCAUAUUAAAAGUAUUGAUAGAAAUGGAUCUGGAUCCUAGCAUGGAGAAUGUUUGUCGGGUUUGCAGGGAUGGGUCAGUCACAUUGGUGGACAUAUUCAAUGGAGUGGACGCCGAAGAGGAUCAUGAGAAGAAUUUAGCCCAUGUCCUGAGCCAGUGUACUAACUGCCAGGUUAAUCCCGAUGACUUAUUACCGAAACAAAUAUGCUUGUCCUGUGUCCUGGCUGCACAAAAUGCAUUCCGCUUCAAGAAGACAUGCGAACAGAGCCAUCAAUAUUUUUGCGAAAUCCUUGAGAUGAGAUGGCAAACUCAGCAUAGAAGUCAAGCGGAGGAGUUGGUUUUCAAUGAUGAUGAUGUCCACAUGGCAGGUGGUCUGCAUGUCAUCGAUGUGAGCUGCAUUAAAAUGGAGCCGAUGUCAGAGCUCCAGGAGCUCGCCAUGCCAGAGAAUGUGCCAAUGGAAAUUCCUUCCACCGAGGAGCAGGUCCACACAACUGACGAGGUGUUCCCACAUAUAUGUCAGUACUGCACCAAAGGAUUUCGUGGCACGUAUGAGCUGGACAAUCAUAUUCGGAGUCGCCAUACAACUGAACGUCCAUUUGAAUGCCCCCAGUGCCACAAGAAGUUUGCUACAUUGAGCUUUCUAAGGAAUCAUACUCGGCUCCAUACGGGGCAGCGACCGUAUAAAUGUCCACAUUGCCCUGAAGAGUUCACCCUGUGGAGCAGUAUAAAGGCCCAUAUUAGUGAGCAUGAGGGUAGCCAAAGCAACAAAAGUACCAAGCAAUUUCGUUGUGACCAAUGUGCAGCCUCGUUCCGGGAGCACUUUGGCCUGCGCAUGCACAAGCAAUUGAAGCAUCGCAUCAGCAAUACGAUAGCUGACGCUCAAUCCAGGACACCCUAUGAUAGUUUGCCCAAUUCAGUCCUUGAGGAAAAUAAUGCGCAAGAUGCUAAUUAUUGCUGUGACAUAUGUAAAAAGACCUUUAAAUAUAGAUACGCCUAUACCAAUCAUAAGCGUGCCCACAUCAGAGCACUACGGACCUACCACUGUCCUUAUUCACAGUGCUCACAGGUCUUUCAAACUGAACUUAAGCUCAGGCAACACACUCUUACCCAUAAAUCCGAUUGGCCAUAUCAAUGCAAACAGUGUAUUAAGGGCUUCUAUAAAAAAUCCCAGCUAACGAAUCACAUGAGAGACAGUCACAGUGGCGAUAGAAUUGAAUGUUCACAAUGCCAGCAGAAAUUUGCAAGCAAAGCAAGCUUAAGAGUUCACAUUAACAUCUUUCAUUCAGAAGAUUUUCAUCAUCUAUCAACAGCACCUCAAAUGGAACAAGCUAACGAUCUCCAGAGGCCGAUAAAAACUGAAGUUCCAGACAGCAAUUUACCUCAUGAAUCUCUUCUAGUGGAGCAAAUCCAAACUAGAAAUUCACCUCAUGAAUCUCUUCUAGUGGAGCAAAUUCUACCAGAUCAAGACUUCGUAGGUCCUGAACCAACUCCUGCUCACACUCUCUAUGGACAAGAACAAACAACGAAUUUCAAUGGACCAGCAAAACCUGCAAAGCAACGAAAACCGAAGAAGAAAGCAAAGGCCAAACAACCAAUGUACAAACCCAAAGGAAUGAUAAGUCAUCGUUGUAGAUGGUGUCCAAUAGCAUUCCGAGAACAACAUAAAAUGAUGCAGCAUAUGCAGCAGAAACACAAAAAACGCCUAAUGGAAAGCUCGAUCCUUGAGCAGGCUAAUGAGCCAGAGACAAACCAAAAAGAGCCAGAGACUACUGCUCAAACAAUGCCUACCGAAAACGAGAUAAAAGAAGAAAUUGAUCCACAACCAACUGAGAAGAGUAUCUCAGUACCUGGAAAAUCAACAAAGUCUCACAAAUGUAGUGUAUGUGGAGAAGUAUUUACGGCAAGAUUCAAAUAUAUUCAACAUAUUCAUGCACACAAGCCACCUUUAAAGUGUAAAGAGUGCUCAAAACAAUUCAAUUCAUACGCUCAGCUCAGAAUACAUUCGUCUCUUCACAAGGGCGUGCGCUUCCAAUGUUCUCAGUGUCCAAAUUCCUAUUCGCGAAAAGAUAAUCUGGCAAAACAUAUGGGCACACACAAGUUCUCACAUGUGUGCCAGUAUUGCACCAAAGAAUUUCGUGGAAACUAUGAGCUAAACAAUCACAUUCGGAAUUGCCACACAAGUGAACGUCCAUUUCAAUGCCCCCAUUGCCCCAAGAAAUUUGCUAUCAUGGAUUAUCUAGGAAAACACAUUCGGAUCCAUUCGGGAGAGCGUCCUUUUAAAUGUCCACAUUGCCCUAAAUCCUACACAUUGUCGAGCAGUCUAAGUGGGCAUAUUCGCAAGCAUCAUGGUAACAGCCGAAACUUAAUUACCAAACAAUUUCGAUGCAAUCAGUGCUUAGCGUCCUUCCGGGAGUACUUUAAGCUCCGGAUGCACAAGCAAUUGAAGCAUUGCAUCAAUGAUACCAUGGCUAAGGCUAAAUCAUUGGGAAAACUGAAACAGUCAUCAACCAAUUAUCCCGGAACUAAUACCUGCAAUGUUAGUUUGCCCAAUUUGGUCCUUGAGGAGGGUAAUUUAGAAAUUAAGAAAGAACCUGCUGAGGAGGACACUGAGCCGACACCGAAUCAAUCCCAACAGCCAGAUACUAAUUAUUCCUGUGAAAUAUGUGACAAGAAAUUUAAAUAUAGUUACGCCUAUAAUAAUCAUAUCCGUACCCAUAUGAGACGACAACAAUUUAAAUGUUCACAAUGCCAGCGAACAUUUGUAAGCAAACAAAGUCGAAAUCUUCACAUUAGUAUAGUUCAUUCAGCGGCCGUUAAAGAUCUAUCAAAAGGACAAACUAACGACCACCAGAGGCCGAUAAAAACUGAAGUUCCGGACACGAAUUCACCUCAUGAAUCUCUUUUAGUGGAGCAAAUCCUACCAGAUCAAGACUACGAAUGUCCUGAACCAACUACGACUCGCAUUCUUUAUGGACAUAAACAAUCGGGGAGUUUGAAUGGACCAGCAAAACCUGCGAAGCAACGGAAGACGGCGAAAAAAGCAAAGGCCAAAAAAUCUAUAUACAAACCCAAAGGAAUGAUAAAUUAUCGUUGUAGAUGGUGUCCAAUAGCUUUCCGAGACCAACAUAAAAUGAUGCAGCAUAUGCAGCAGAAACACAAAAAACGCUUAAUGGAGAGCUCGAUCGAUAAACAGGUUAUAGAGCCGAAGACAAACCAAAAAGAUCCCUUGAUUCCUUCUCAAACUAAGCUUGCUGAAAUUGAGAUAAAAGAAGAAUUUGACCCACAAACAACUGUGAAGAAGGUCUCAAGACCUAAAAAAUUUACCAAGUCUCACAAGUGUAGUGUAUGUGGAGACAUAUUUACGGCAAAAUUCAAAUAUGUUCAACAUAUUCAUACACACCAGCCGCCUUUAAAUUGUAAAGAUUGUCCAAAACAAUUCAAUUCAUAUGCUCAGCUCAGAGUGCAUUUAAAGACACACAGGGGCGUGCGUUUCCAAUGUGCUUACUGUCCAAAUUCCUAUUCGCGAAAACAUAAUUUGGCUAAACAUAUGGACAUACACAAGAUGAAAGGGGAUAUUAUCCACUCAGCAGAAAAUACUGAUACAGAUCCAGUUGAGGAUGAGAUGUUGGGACAAACAAAGUCCGAAUUUAUGUGCGAAUUGUGCUCCAAAUCAUUUUACCAUGAAUAUAACCUAAGGCUUCAUAAGCUCAUGAAGCACGGCAUUAAAGACGACGAGGAGCGGGAGGAGGAGUUAAUCUUAGAUCAUCAACCGAUGAAUUUUGGGUUGGACCAUGAAACGAAUAUACCAUUGCGAAAUAGACCUGGAGAUGGUGCAUAUGAAGAGCUCGAAUUCGAGGAUAGCGACAGUAAAAAGGAUAUCUUGAAUCCAAACCCCAUAUUAAUACCACAGACACAUAUUCAAUUGCCGAAUGUCGAGAAAAAUGUGACAAAAAAUAAUGUAUGCCCAUACUGUUUAAAGCGUUACGUACGGAAAGAGAGCCUCACUGUUCAUAUGAGACGCCAUACUGGCGAAAGGCCGUACAAAUGCCCCUACUGCGUGAUGAGUUUCAGUUCCAAUGACUCCUACAAACGACACCUCCGAGGACAUACGGGAGAUCUCUUCCGUUGUGAUAAAUGCCCAAAGGUUUACAAGUGUCGCUCUGAUUUGCGGUUUCAUCAAAAUCAGAAACAUAAGGUUCCCAAAGAGGAGCCAAUAGUAUUAACAAAACAUUUAAUUGUACGUUUAAAAAGAAUUAAACUACCAGUCAGUGUUAAGGUAGAGCCGAUUGCCUAAAUGUCAAGUAGUAUUAAGACUCAACAGCGGAAUAUUAUAUAAAUAUUAUUUUUUUUUGUGACCUACAUAUGUAUCUAUAUGUUAUAAAGAUCUGAAACUGGCUUUCAGUCUUGAUAUGGAAAUACGUAUAACUGUAUCUAUAUAUUUAAUCUUGUGGCUAUAAUUAGCAUUUAAUCUUAAUGUUAGAGAACGAAAGAAUUGACUUUGAUGUAGACAAAUCGAGUUCUUAAUUUUUAAAUUCAUAGUCUAAGUUUAAUUGUGCUUUUUAGGAAGUAUAUUAACAUUAUGUAUAUCCAUUUUGUCCUCGUAAGUGUUUACAUAUUAAAUAAUCAAGCGUAUUUCCUCUACAUCAAUGAAAUAAGUGUAUUUUGUGAAGAAAAUAAAGUAAAAGCUAUAUGUAAUUUAGUAUUCUUAA